AUGGUGACCGUCUUGGCUGUGCUCAAGCUCUCGCUGGCCGUGCUUUGGGCCAGCUUGGGCAUCUCGAGCUCGCUCAAGCUGUCAUUGUCAGCUUCCGCCAACGCCAGCUCCUGGAGCUGGAAGCUGUCCUCGGGGAGCAAUGCGAGCACCCGGCUCUUCCAGUAUGGCUCAACGGUGGCCAUCUACAACCCGCUAGCCAGGCGCUUCGUGCAAAUGAACAAGCAGCACCAAACUAUGAGCGCCACCCCCCCCCAUGAUGGGGAUCUGUCGCUGCCGAUGCAUUGCACCUAUGAGCGCUUUACCCUCGUGGAUGCUGGCCAUGGAAGGGUGGCUCUUCACAACACGCUCAGCAACCGCUUCAUCAAAAUGGCCGGCGAGCAUGUCACCAUCAGUCCAAUCAAGGCCAGCAACCACCUCCCACAUGACUGGGGUUCCGAGUUCUUCGAGGUCGUCGAUGCAGGAGAUGGUAUGGUCGGGCUUCACCAGCCGGGCAACAACCGCUUCAUUUCCAUGAAUGAGGGUGGAGGUCUCUAUGGCAGUCCACACCACGGCAACGACCAAGUGCCCCAUGGUUGGACCCAUCAGAGGUUCUUUCUCGUGCCCGAAAGGCCUUACCUCGUACCCGGCUCCGUUGUGGCCCUGUACAACAGGCCCGCCAAUCGCUUCCUCCGCAUGCACGACACUUACAUGGAUGGCAGUGGCCACCCGCCCGCUCCCCUCGUCUUUCCUGGGGAUUGGGGCUGGGAGAGAUUCAAAGUGGUGGAUGCCGGCUUUGGCAGGGUUGCGCUGCACAGCCACCAGUGGCAUCGCUUCGUGAAGAUGGACCACCAGUCGGUGACAGUCAGCCCGCACUCUGACACUGGGCUCGGGCUGUGA